GACGUAAGACCUUCCAUGCAGCGCUACCGCCAAUAUGGCACCUCCUACUCCUCCCCCUCUCCCCCCUCUCCCCCCUCACCUCCCUCGCCUCCUGUAGAGGAGAUCCACGCUGAGGAGGAGGAGGAAGUGUACACUGAGGAGGAGGUGUACACUGAAGAGGAGGUUUAUGAAGAGGAGGAGGUGGCACCACUGAUACAGGAGGGGGCAGAGCCUGUUGUGCAGAAGACAGGAAGUGACGAGGCGGUCCAGAAGAAGGAGGAGAUGCAGGCUGUCAUCCAGGAGACAGAGGGGCGGUCUCCACCUGUGGAAAGCAAGAAUGGAAAGAGGACGGAGAGAGGAGGAGGAGGAGGAGGAGGAGGUGAUGCAGGAGAUGCUGGAGGAGGUGGUUCUAAGUAUUCCAUGUUCACCUGGUUUGUGGUCCUGGCUCUGCUGGGUGUCUGGAGCUCAUUCGCUGUGGUGUACUUCGACAUCGUGGACUACGACAGUGUUAUCGCCAGAGCUAAGGAGUUUCGUAUGAACUUUUCGGAAGUUUUACAAGGUAAACUGACGGCCUACGACACAGAUGGAGACGGAGACUUUGAUGUGGAAGAUGCUAAAGUUCUGCUCGGGCUGAAGGAAGCAGAGAAAUCACCUGUGGGAGAUUCACCUGUGGACAAGACAAUUUUAAAACCAGAAGACGCCAGCAAGCCUUUAGCUGAAACAACCAAUGAGCAAGCGGCUGAGUCACAGGGGGCGGAGCCAACAGAGGCAUCAGUUGAAACACCGACUGAGGAUACUGCAUCAGUGUCAGAGAGCAGCAGCUCUCCUGUCCUUGGUGACGAUGAUAAAGGCUCCAGAUCUUACGAUGUGGAGUCUGAAAUCCAAGCUGCUGUUCCCCUGCCUCUGUUGUCAGAAGAAUUUGUGCCUCAUGAUCCCAGAGACAGCGUUGAUCCUAAUGAGGAGAAAGAUGGAACCAUCGACACCACUGGAGUUCUAGUGGAGGAGCGCCCCUCAGAGGAGACUGUAGUGGACUCCACACAAUACUUGACCAGCUCCAAAGUCACACAGGAAGCAGAGACGGUGGAAGAGCCAGAGAACCAGUCCGAGCCCCCAGUGGAACCAGAACCAAAAAGUGAAACUUCUAAAGUGGCCGAGAAUAGUGCAGAGGCUGAGGGAACUACAGAGACUCAGGCUGAGGAAAAGGUCAAAGAAAAAGCAAAGAAGAAGAAACCAAAACUGUUGAAUAAAUUUGAUAAAACUAUCAAAGCAGAAAUCGACGCUGCAGAAAAGCUCCGCAAAAAGGGUAAGUUGGAGGAGGCAUUGAGAGCGUUCGAGUCAUUGGUUCAGCAGCAUCCUCAGAGCCCCCGCGCUCGCUUCGGAAAGGCCCAGACGGAGGACGACCUGGCAGAGAAGCUGCGUAGUAACGACAUGCUGCAGAAAGCCAUCAACAGCUACAGAGAGGCCGCUGAGCUCCCUGACGUGACCCCUGACCUCCUGAGAGCGGCGCUGAAGAAACGAGCAGAGAGGCAGCAAUUCCUGGGACGGAUGCGAGGCUCUCUGACGACUCUGGAGAGGUUGACUCAGAUCUUUCCGGAGGAUAUCGGUCUGAAGAACGACCUCGGCGUUGCACACUUGCUGCUGGGAGACAACAAGGGAGCCAAGAAGGUCUAUGAGGAGGUUUUGGCGGUCGCCCCUGAUGACGGUUUUGCCAAAGUUCACUACGGCUUCAUCCUGAAAUCAGAGAACAAGAUAGCAGAGAGUAUACCAUACCUGAAGGAGGGUUUGGAGUCCGGUGAACCGGGGACAGACGACGGGCGAUUUUUUUUCCACCUGGGUGACGCUCUGCAGAGAGUCGGAGACAACAGCGCGUAUCACUGGUACGAGCUGGGUCAUAAACGCGGCCAUUUCGCCUCGGUGUGGCAGAGGUCUCUCUACAAUGUGGACGGACUGAAGGCUCAGCCCUGGUGGACGCCUAAAGAGACCGGUUACAUGGAUCUGGUGAAGACGCUGGAGAGGAACUGGAAGACGAUCAGGGAGGAGGCUCUGGCUGUGAUUGACCAAAACACGGGACUGUUCAUACCUGAGGAGGAGAACCUGAGAGAAGGAGAAUGGGGGCAGUACACACUCUGGCAACAAGGUAAAAAAGCAGGAACUUCAUGUCAGGGUGUCCCAAAGACUUGUGCUCUGCUGGAUAGAUAUCCUGAAGCUACAGGUUGCAAGAGAGGACAGAUAAAGUUCUCAGUGAUGCAACCAGGUACACACGUGUGGCCUCACACUGGUCCCACUAACUGCAGACUGAGGAUGCACCUCGGCCUCGUCAUCCCCAAACACGGCUGCAGGAUCCGCUGCACCGACCAGACACGGGAAUGGGAAGAGGGAAAAGUCCUCAUCUUCGACGACUCCUUCGAGCACGAGGUGUGGCAGGACGCCGACAGUUACCGCCUCAUCUUCAUCGUGGACGUGUGGCACCCAGAGCUAACGGCUCACCAGCGCCAAACUUUGAGCCCGAUUUAGAUCCAGAACACACCGAGGACUGCAGAACUAGUAAGAACAGUAUGAAGGACUUAUCGGACCCUCUGAUUCUUCUUCUGUGGAUAAAAACACUGAAUGUCUGAGAAGAAUCCCAUUUGUUGAUGAACUACCAAAAUCGACAUUCGAAGGAUCAAAACAUCAGACUGGGGAUAUUUUCUGGGUUUUACUACUGACUUUAUUUCACCAAAACUACACAAGGUACGUGUUUACGCCCUGAUAUAGACUUAACCCAUAACUUAACUCAGUUUGGCUCAUCGUCAGGGUUAAUAAAUGUGGAAUAUUUGACUUUUUAAAAUCUGAUAUCAUAGAACAUUUUCCAGCUUGUUACUGAGACUCAAACAGAAACCCGCCCCCUGAUGCUGUGGUACGGUUUCUCAUUGUUAAGUGGGAGAAAUUGUGAUUAAGAAAACACUAAAUGUUUGAGAAGAAACCUCACUUAUCUUUCUUGAUAAGUUUGUUUAAAUGUCUUUGUUUAUGAAAUAAGAAAGGAGCCUUAAUUUUAGCUUGAACCACUAUGCAUUUCUUCAGUUUAUCCAGUGGGUUUUUAGUUUCACUUUUUCAUCACUUUUGCACAGAAACCAAGAAACACAAGAUGUUAUUAAAGAUGAUUUAUAUUUAUAUUAAAAAUAAAGAUACUGGAAAAAAAAUGGCAAAAACAAGAAAAAUGUGUUUUCUUUUUGGAAAUGAUCCCAUCUUAUUCUCAGACUUUGAAUGGUGUUAUGUGAUUCAAUGUGACCGAGCAGAAAACGAUAGAAGGUUUUGCAGCAUGUUUAAAAUGUAACAUUAAUAUAAAAACUUUCACCUCAAACUUGAAAAUUGUGAGUAUUUAAAAAAAAUCAUAAUUUUUCAUGUAUUUUGGAGCUCAACUACUUAAAUGAUAAAAAAAAAAAGAUUACAUUUUCUACCAGCAGCUGUGUAGCAGCUGUGUAGCUUUAAUGGAUGUUACAUACAGUAAUACUUUUCAAUAAGUGACCAGAUCUAAGGGUCUGUGUCUGUGUUCUUUAUUUCCUGAACUGUUGCAUUAGAGAUUCCUUAAAAUAAAACUCUUCUAAUUAAAUGAAUCACAGCACAAUCAUGUUGGUGUAAAUGUUUACUUCUAUACAUUCAUUGAAAGGAAAUACAUUACAUUACAGUCGAGUGGAGACCAGAACACUGCUUAGUGUAGCCCUGAUAACAAGUCAAACACGCUGCAAAAAAUAAUGACAAACAUGGCCUUUAAAUUUGACAUACUUCACAUUAUUUGAGAUAAAGAAGUGAAAUUAUCAGUCUGCAAGUGUUCCUUCUUCUCAAAAUUAUGUUGAACUUGUUGGCAUAUUGGUUUUGUUUCUGGUUUUCAGAAAAGAAAUUGAAGUGAAUUGACUUGGAUUAUCUCAGGAUAAGAUCGGCCAGGUGUGCCACUUUUUUCGCAGUGUGGUAAUACUUGUAACAAUAAUAUACAAUCUUCAAAUAAUUUAGACUCAAUAAAAAAAAUCUCUCCCUUCACAAUCAAAGUUAAAGUGAAAAUUUGGCAUCCUGUGGUUUCUUCAAAAUACAAUACUUUUAGAGAAAGACAUGUUUCACUCUGGUAGAACAGUUUUGAACAUUUUCAUGCAUUUGAUCACGUUUAAGUGUUGUGACUAGUGCCGUCCUUUUGUUUGAAUUGCCUCUGACAGUUGUUGUUGAUGUGAUUUUGUCGUUUUAACAUGAAAGAAAAAAUGUGACAUUAUUCUACCAAAGUGAGUUUUCCUUCAAGUCAUCCUUCCUCCCAUCCUUUCUUCAAUAACUAAUAUGGAUUUUUUUUAUCCCACGUUUAAUGAUUUAUUUCUUCUUCUGAAUUUAAGACAAAGUCAAAAGAAGACAUCAUUUAGAAAUACUCCAGCAGGAAGAUAAAAACUUAAGGGAAGUAAUGGAGCCGUCCUGCGAGUACCGCACAUUAACCUGAAAGUAACUUAAAACUUAAAUUUUAUAUUCACAAUCACAGCUCAGAAAACAGUGAACAUUAAUGUUUUUUUCUAGAAUUUAACGCUGGGUUACACCAACAAAGAUCCUUAAGUAUGAAUCAAAUCAUAUAAGUUUUGUCUUCCUAUUGCACCACAGACCUUACAGAAAAAAAACUCAAUGAAAUGUUAAAGCUGCAUUAAUACAUUUAGGCCACUAGGGGGCAGUAGAAGUGAGUUACAGACAAAAUUAGAGCGAAAUAUUGAUGCAAACAUUUUUGUCCAAUAUUCAAGUAGUGUCCACCAUUAAUUUCACAGCUAUAUGACACUUAUUAUUAGUAGAAUUAAUUUGAAAUAAUAUACAAAACAAAUGUUCUAAGCUCUGAGACUCCAAUCAAACAUCCAAGCAUGUUGGGGAGUUAGAAAGCCAGUAGAUGCUUCUUAAGACUUGCCUUUUUGAGUUCUCUACAGUAUAAAAGCAAUCCAAGUGAUAGUUAUCUGUAAAUCAAAUUGUACGAGGCAUACAUGAACUGCUAAUAGCUCAUUUGGCAUAGUUUUACAGGUUCCAGUUAGCUAAAAUGCUACAAAAACACAGCUUAUAAUAAACUGACUCCAUAGAAGCAUCUUUCUUGAAUCAUUAUGGUGAAAUAUAGCUACAAAUUAUUAUCAUCCACCAAAUAGAAGUGAAAAAGGUAAAUAAUAUGAGUGAAUAAAUUGGAUAAA